UACAUAUACUUCUUCCAAAGUUGUCGGGGGUCGUGGCUCUCUAUCCUAAGAGUAGGUUCGCCUCUGGUUAAUAGUGAAGAGAUAUCAACCAUUACACAGUGAGAGUGUAAUUAAGAGAAUACAGAUUCAGUUGGACCCAAUAUAUUUGAGACAAUGAUUAAAUGAAUGCGUGAAAUUUUAGUAAAAUUUUAAUAAUUAUUGUAUUAAAGUUUGAACUCAUACUCGGUCGUGCGUAGAUGCUAGAGUAUUACCCAAUAUUAUCUUCUUUUUCUUAAAUAAAUAUUUUACUAACGUUUAUGUACGUUGGCAGCAAAACUAUUCAGUCAUACUCAGAGCAACUAUCAGAACUGGAUCAGACAGUAAGGAAGAUGAUUUUGGAGAGCUUAGGGGUAGAAAAGUAUAUGGAUGAGCAUAUGAAUUCAACCAACUACCUUCUUAGGGUUAUGAAAUAUAAAGGACCUCAAAGCAAUGACACUAAAUUAGGACUAAAUGCUCACACGGACAAGAAUAUUGUUACUAUACUUUACCAAAAUCAGGUAAAUGGUCUUGAAGUUUUGACCAAAGAUGGACAGUGGAUCAAUGUUGAACCUACACCAGAUGCUUUCAUAGUCAUGAUUGGAGACUCUUUAUAUUGCUUAUGCUUUUCUGAACCGAGGGUCUAUCUGAAACAAUCUCUAUCUCCACGAAGUAGGGGUAAAGUUUGUCUACAUACUACCUUCCUCGGACCCCACUAUGUGAGAUUAUACUGGGUAUAUUGUUGUUAUUAUUAUUGUAAUCAAAGCAGGCAUGGGCAAAUGGUCGAGUUCAUUCACCAUAUCAUAGGGUGAUGAUGACAGGAAACGAAGCAAGGUACUCGGUUGGUUUGUUUUCAAUACCAAAAGCAGGGUACAAGAUAAAGGCACCAGAAGAGCUUGCAGAUAAAGA